AUGGAGUACGAAAUAGCCGAUUUAAACAACUUUUUGAAUAACAAUGAUUGGUCAACCAAAGCACGUGUUCUAAAAAAAUCCAAUGUUCUUAAUUACGGUAGCAAUGGAAAACGCUUUACAACAGUAUUGAUUGACAAAACUACAGAAAUAAAUGCUACUGCUUUUGGAGCCGAUGUUGACCGUUUAUUUUCACAACUUCAGGAAGAUAAUGUUUACAAUAUUAAAAAUGGAUUAAUAAAAUUAGCAAAUAAGACAUUUAAUAAAUCAAAAAAUGAUUAUGAAAUCAUUUUUAAUCAAACAACAACUAUAGAGAAAUCUGAAGAUACGGAUAUUCCCAGUCAUCCACGGCUUAAAACAAUUGAAGACGUUUUGUCAAUGGCCAAAAAUACUUUAAUUGAUACUAUUGGACAGACAAAACUGGAGUUAGCGUUACUGUUACUCUAUGGGAUAUACAAGCUACUACUUUUAAUGCCGACGAAGGUGAUAUUAUACCUCCAAAACUGGUAUAAAGCAUUUGACCAAAAAGAACUUUUAAAUCUAUCUCAAGUGUCUAUUGGUUCUCAAGAACUUAAUAUGUUUGAAAUUUCUCAAAGCAAUAGAAAUAAAACUAUAAAUGAACAUAUUUUGCAACAAAACAAAAUUGAUGAUGAUUUGAUUUCUAAAAGAUUACUGGAGCUGAAUGAUGAAGAGGAAAAGAUAAAAACGGAAAGAAUUGAUUUAAAUUUUAAGAGACAACGACUUUCAAUUGAACGAGAACUCUCUCGUAUUAAAAGUCGUUUGAAAAAAUAA